AUGAAGCAGAGGAUAGCGGGUGGCGACACGGCGGCGCCAUAUCUUCACGAAGAAAUCAUCAGACAAAUUCUGAAACGACUUCCGGUGAAAUCCCUAAUCAGAUUUCAAUGUGUCUCCGAACGCUGGAAAAAUCUCAUCAAGUCGCCGUCUUUCAUCGACGAACACCUCCAUUACUCGACUCAUCAAAACCCUUCACUUCUUCUUAGGAAAAGUAAUGGACGUUUUAAACCUUUGCAGUUACGUUUGAUGGAUUCUGAGAUGCACGUUCGUGAAGUUCAAAACCCACCUUUACCACUCCGUUCCUUAUUGACAUUUAGUAUCGUUGGUUCCUGUAAUGGAUUGGUUUGUGCUGAAAUCGAUGGGUAUGAUAAAUCUGCCUCCUCCGCAUCCUUUUUGUUGUGGAAUCCUGCUACUGGGGAUGUUAGAAAAAUCCCUACAACCAGAAGCUCUAAACAUCCUUAUGAGUCGGUUUACGUCGGAUUUGGGUUCAGUACGAUUGUUAACGAUUAUAAAAUAGUGCAAAUAUAUGAUGGGUAUGAUGGGGAUAUGGUGAUUGAAGUGUAUUCAUUAAGCAUAGGUUCGUGGAAGGAAAUAGAAUCUGAGAGCUUAAAGGGUGUAAGUCCUUCUGAUAUUAUUUGUAAUUGGGUCACUGUCAAUGGACGUAUCUUUUGGGAUGCUGCAACUCCAGAGGAUAAAGAGGAUGGCGUAUAUCGUACUUGUUUGAUACUUUCAUUUGACAUAGCUUUGGAAGUUUUUACAGUGAUACCAGGACCUCCUCAAUUAGAUGUUUCAGGAGAGACUUUGAAUUCACUUUGUCUGCUUAUGAUGAUAACAAGCUUGCUAUAA